UAUAAAACGUCUUGUACUGUGGGCUAGCGCUCAUUAUCAAACAAAAUAGAGAACGAAAAAGAGGGUGUGUUUUCAGUGCGCAAGCCACAUUGAGUGGAUAAAGAAAACGAAAAGAACAAUUGAAUCAAUUGCGAGUAGAACGUCAUAAAUAUUUCAAGAACAUUGCCCCGUGAAAUUAUAAAUAGUGGAUUGUGAAAAUCAGCAGCAAUUGCACUUUGCCGUUGCAUUAAGCAUUUUUGGAUUGUAAAGCGGAUUUUUAUAGAUUUUGAGCUGUGAAAACCCAAACUAAGAUGGCCAAGGACUUCUACAAGAUUCUGGGCAUCGACCGCAAGGCCACGGAUGAUGAGAUCAAGAAGGCCUAUCGCAAACUAGCCUUAAAGUACCAUCCCGACAAGAACAAGAGCCCGCAGGCGGAGGAGCGCUUCAAGGAGAUUGCCGAGGCCUACGAGGUUCUCUCGGACAAGAAGAAGCGGGAUAUAUUCGACAAGUACGGAGAGGAUGGCCUGAAGGGCGGCAUGCCCGGACCAGAUGGCAAUAGCCAGCAGGGAGCCUACAGCUACCAGUUCCACGGCGAUCCAAGGGCCACCUUUGCCCAGUUCUUCGGCUCUUCGGAUCCUUUUGGCGUCUUCUUUGGCGGCGGCGACAACAUGUUUGGCACCGGCCAAGGCGGCAACACCAACGAGAUCUUCAUGAACAUCGGCGGCGAAGAUAUGUUUGGAGGCGGCGGUUUUGCGGCCAAUCCUAUGGCCGGUGCCUUCCGCUCGCAGUCCUUCAAUGCCCAGGCUCCCAGCCGCAAGCGCCAGCAGCAGCAGGAUCCGCCCAUCGAGCAUGAUCUGUAUGUUACUUUGGAGGAAGUAGACAGGGGCUGCACCAAGAAGAUGAAGAUCUCACGCAUGGCCAUGGGCAAUGCGGGUCCACACAAGGAGGAGAAGGUACUGAGCAUCACAGUAAAGCCAGGCUGGAAGGCCGGCACCAAGAUCACCUUUCCCAAAGAGGGCGAUGCGGCGCCCAACAAGAUACCGGCUGACAUCAUCUUCAUUAUACGCGACAAGCCGCAUGCGCAGUUCAAGCGCGAGGGCAUCGAUCUGAAGUACACCGCCCAGGUCAGUCUGAAACAGGCCUUGUGCGGAGCACCAGUUAGUGUGCCCACGCUGCAGGGCGAUCGGAUUCCGGUUAACUCCAACAACGAGAUCAUCAAGCCCACCACCACCAGGAGAAUCAGUGGACGGGGUCUGCCCGUGCCCAAGGAGCCUUCGAGACGCGGCGACCUGAUCGUGUCCUUCGACAUCAAGUUCCCCGACACACUGCCGCCCAGUCUGCGAAACCAGCUGGCCGAGCUGCUGCCCAACUAGGCGGGAGUAUGUGCCACACACUAUUGUUAUCAGUUUAGUUAAGGCCUAAAUAUUUAGUUUUACCGUACGUACUCGUAAGACACCUAACCAAUUGUAGACCGAAGUUAGUGAGUGUGCCAAGCGAACAGCUGUAGAUAUGGCCGAGGAUGCAGACACUAGAUAAGAUAGGGAAGAGAACACACAGAGAGCCCGUUUUGUGUUGGAGACUGAUCGACUAUUGACUAUUAUACCCUAGUACACACCAAUUCCAUAAUUAUUUUUGUUUACCGCCGCCUCAGCCGGGGAAUAACAUCUUAUAUUUAUUUAUCCAAAUAAUUCAGCAUAAGAAAUAAAGAAAAAGGUAUUAUAAAUUAAAAGUAACUCACGAUUUUUGAGGCGAGGCACAGCUCCGGCAUUCCAAUUCCAACACGGGAGGUUAUAUCAGUUUUAAAAUAAUACUUCUAGUUUGAUAUGCAGUAGAUCAUAGUACGUUUUAGUACCAGUUUUAUUAAGUUCAACAAUAAAAUUAUUUAUAUCAGUA